CGGCUGCUCUUCCCCGACUUGCCGACCGUGCAACGGGGGAUCGAAAAUUUGUGGCCGACAUCGCUUCUAGAACUUCCAUCUGUACCAACAGCACCCAAUAUACAAAAAUGGCAGCCAGGACGCUACGAAUUGGUAGAAACUCCCAAUCAACCACCGACUGACUCCCACUGACCCCCUACAGGUCUCAUUCCCGGAGAUGGAAUUGGAAAAGAGGUCAUCCCUGCAGGCCGCAAGAUCCUCGAAGCUCUCCCUACCUCAGUAAAGCUUAAAUUCGAAUUCGUCGACCUGAAAGCCGGCUUCGAGACCUUCGAGCAGACGGGUGCUGCAUUGCCAGACAAGACCGUUGAGAUUCUCAAAAACGAAUGCGAUGGUGCUCUUUUCGGUGCCGUGAGCUCCCCCUCCAAGGCUGUGAAAGGCUAUUCCUCGCCCAUCGUCGCACUUCGCAAACGUCUCGAUUUGUACGCCAAUGUCCGACCUGUGAAGAGUGUAAUGACCGCCAAGAAUCCAAUUGAUAUGGUUAUUGUCCGGGAAAAUACUGAGGAUCUUUACGUCAAGGAGGAGAAGACAUAUGAUGCUCCAGACGGUAGUGGCAAGGUUGCAGAGGCUAUCAAGAGGAUAUCGGAGAAGGCCUCCUUCCGAAUUGCUACUAUGGCUGGUGAGAUUGCUUUACGCAGACAGAAGAUUCGGGAGAGUGGAGCUCCAAGCAUACACGAAUCACCACUGGUGACUAUCACCCACAAAUCCAAUGUUCUCAGUCAGACCGAUGGUCUUUUCAGAUCUACUGCCAGAGAAGCAUUGGCCAACUCUAAAUUCUCGAGUGUUGGUGUGGAGGAACAAAUUGUUGAUUCGAUGGUUUACAAACUUUUCCGCCAGCCUGAAACAUACGACUGCAUCGUUGCACCAAACUUGUAUGGAGACAUCUUGUCUGAUGGAGCUGCAGCACUAGUUGGUUCUCUUGGUCUUGUUCCAAGUGCCAACGUCGGAGAAGGAUUUGCUAUUGGAGAGCCAUGCCAUGGUAGUGCACCAGAUAUCAUGGGUCAAGAUAUCGCAAACCCAAUUGCUACCCUGAGAAGUGUAGCUCUCAUGUUGGAAUUCUUGAACGAGGAGGAGGCUGCGGCUAAGAUUUAUGCUGCCGUUGAUGGCAAUUUGGAGGCUGGGUUAUUGUUGAGCCCAGAUCUUGGGGGAACUGCCACCACAACUGAAGUUGUUGACGAUAUCUUGAGGCGACUAUAA